AUGGAGAGCGUUUCCCAAAGUGUAUUCUGCGGAACUAGCACCUACUGUGUUCUCAACACCGUGCCACCUAUAGAAGAUGAUCAUGGGAACAGCAAUAGUAGUCAUGUAAAAAUCUUUUUACCGAAAAAGCUGCUUGAAUGUCUGCCGAAAUGUUCAAGUUUACCAAAAGAGAGGCACCGCUGGAACACUAAUGAGGAAAUUGCAGCUUAUUUAAUAACAUUUGAGAAACACGAAGAAUGGCUAACCACAUCCCCUAAGACAAGACCACAGAAUGGCUCUAUGAUACUCUACAACAGGAAGAAGGUGAAGUACAGGAAAGAUGGGUAUUGCUGGAAAAAGAGGAAAGAUGGGAAAACGACCAGAGAGGACCACAUGAAACUGAAGGUCCAGGGAGUGGAGUGCUUGUACGGCUGCUAUGUCCAUUCCUCCAUCAUCCCCACCUUCCACCGGAGGUGCUACUGGCUCCUUCAGAACCCUGACAUCGUCCUGGUGCACUACCUGAACGUGCCGGCCAUCGAGGACUGCGGCAAGCCCUGCGGCCCCAUCCUCUGCUCCAUCAACACCGACAAGAAGGAGUGGGCAAAAUGGACAAAAGAGGAGCUCAUCGGGCAACUCAAGCCCAUGUUUCACGGCAUCAAGUGGACCUGCAGCAACGGGAACAGCAGCUCAGGCUUCUCGGUGGAGCAGCUGGUGCAGCAGAUCCUCGACAGCCACCAGACCAAACCCCAGCCCCGGACCCACAACUGCCUCUGCACCGGCAGCCUGGGAGCAGGCAGCAGCGUGCACCACAAGUGUAACAGUGCCAAACACCGCAUCAUCUCACCCAAGGUGGAGCCACGGACUGGGGGGUACGGGAGCCAUGCAGAGGUGCAGCACAAUGACGUGUCCGAGGGCAAGCACGAACACAGCCACAGCAAGGGCUCGAGCCGUGAGAAGCGCAAUGGCAAGGUGGCCAAGCCUGUGCUGCUGCACCAGAACAGCACCGAGGUGUCCUCCACCAACCAGGUGGAGGUCCCCGACACCACCCAGAGCUCCCCUGUGUCCAUCAGCAGUGGGCUCAACAGUGACCCAGACAUGGUGGACAGCCCCGUGGUCACCGGUGUCUCCAGCAUGGCGGUGGCCUCCGUGAUGGGGAGCCUGUCCCAGAGCGCCACAGUGUUCAUGUCGGAGGUCACCAACGAGGCCGUGUACACCAUGUCCCCCACCGCCGGCCCCAACCACCACCUCCUCUCACCCGACGGCUCUCAGGGCCUGGUCCUGGCUGUGAGUUCUGAUGGCCACAAGUUUGCUUUCCCCACCACGGGCAGCUCUGAAAGCCUGUCAAUGCUGCCCACCAAUGUGUCCGAAGAACUGGUCCUCUCUACCACCCUCGAUGGUGGCCGGAAGAUUCCAGAAACCACCAUGAACUUUGACCCCGACUGUUUCCUUAACAACCCAAAGCAGGGUCAGACGUAUGGGGGCGGAGGCCUGAAGGCUGAGAUGGUCAGCACCAACAUCCGGCACUCUCCACCUGUGGAGAGGAGCUUCAGCUUCACCACCGUCCUGACCAAGGAAAUCAAGACCGAGGACACCUCCUUCGAGCAGCAGAUGGCCAAGGAAGCGUACUCCUCCUCCGCUGCAGCCACCGCCUCCAGCUCCCUCACGCUGACCGCUGGCUCCAGCUUGCUGCCCUCGGGCGGCGGCCUCAGCCCCAGCACUACCCUGGAGCAGAUGGACUUCAGUGCCAUAGACUCCAACAAGGACUACACGUCCAGCUUCAGUCAGACAGGCCACAGCCCCCACGUCCACCAGACCCCCUCCCCGAGCUUCUUCCUGCAGGAUGCCAGCAAGCCCCUCCCCCUGGAGCAGAAUGCCCACAGCAGCUUGGGUGACUCUGGGGGUACCUUUGUGAUGCCCACGGUGAAGACGGAGGCCUCAUCCCAGACCAGCUCUUGCAGCGGCCAUGUGGAGACAAGAAUAGAGUCCACCUCCUCCCUCCACCUCAUGCAGUUCCAGGCCAAUUUCCAGGCCAUGACGGCAGAGGGGGAGGUCACCAUGGAGACCUCGCAGGCAGCCGAGGGCGGCGAGGUCCUCCUCAAGUCUGGGGAGCUGCAGGCCUGUAGCUCUGAGCACUACCUGCAGCCUGAGAGCAACGGGGUAAUCCGGAGCGCCAGUGGUGUGCCCAUCCUCCCGGGCAACGUGGUGCAAGGCCUCUACCCUGUGGCCCAGCCCAGCCUGGGCAAUGCCUCCAACAUGGAGCUCAGUCUGGACCACUUCGACAUCUCCUUUAGCAACCAGUUCUCCGACCUGAUCAAUGACUUCAUCUCUGUGGAGGGGGGCAGCGGCACCAUCUACGGGCACCAGCUGGUGCCGGGGGACAGCGGGGCACUCUCGCAGGUGGAGGACGGGGCCCGUGCGCCCUUCACCCAGGCCGAGAUGUGCAUCCCUUGUUGCAGCCCCCAGCAGGGUGGACUGCAGCUCAGCAGUGCUGAGGGCGGGGCCGGUACCAUGGCCUACAUGCAUGUCGCUGAGGUGGUCUCGGCCGCCUCUGCCCAGAGCACCCUGGGGAUGCUGCAGCAGAGUGGACGGGUGUUCAUGGUGACUGACUACUCGCCAGAGUGGUCCUACCCAGAGGGAGGAGUGAAGGUCCUGAUCACAGGCCCGUGGCAAGAAGCCAGCAAUAACUACAGCUGCCUGUUCGACCAGAUCUCAGUGCCUGCGUCCUUGAUUCAGCCCGGGGUACUGCGCUGCUACUGCCCAGCCCAUGACACUGGUCUUGUGACCCUACAAGUUGCCUUCAACAACCAGAUCAUCUCCAACUCAGUGGUGUUUGAGUACAAAGCCCGGGCGCUGCCCACUCUCCCUUCCUCCCAGCACGACUGGCUGUCGUUGGACGAUAACCAGUUCAGGAUGUCCAUCCUAGAACGACUGGAGCAGAUGGAAAGGAGGAUGGCUGAGAUGACGGGAUCCCAGCAGCACAAACAGGGGGCUGGAGGAGGAGGGAGCAAUGGAGGUGGCAAUGGGAGUGGGAAUGGAGCAAGUCAAGCUCAGUGUGCCUCCGGAACGGGGACUUUGGGGAGCUGCUUUGAGAGCCGCGUGGUCGUUGUAUGUGAGAAGAUGAUGAGCCGAGCCUGCUGGGCAAAGUCCAAGCAUUUGAUCCAUUCAAAGACUUUCCGUGGAAUGACCCUCUUACAUCUGGCUGCUGCCCAGGGUUAUGCCACACUAAUCCAGACCCUCAUCAAAUGGCGCACAAAGCAUGCGGAUAGCAUUGAUUUGGAACUAGAAGUUGACCCCUUGAAUGUGGAUCACUUCUCCUGUACUCCUCUGAUGUGGGCAUGUGCCCUAGGGCAUUUGGAAGCUGCAGUCGUGCUGUAUAAGUGGGACCGUAGGGCCAUCUCUAUUCCUGACUCUCUAGGAAGGCUGCCUUUGGGGAUCGCCAGGUCAAGGGGUCAUGUGAAAUUAGCAGAGUGUUUGGAGCACCUGCAGAGAGAUGAACAGGCUCAGCUGGGACAGAAUCCCAGAAUCCAUUGCCCUCCGAGUGAAGAGCCUAACACAGAUAGCUGGAUGGCCCAGUGGCACAGUGAUGCCAUCAGCUCUCCAGAAAUUCCCAAAGGAGUCACUGUUAUUGCAAGCACCAAUCCAGAGCUGAGAAGACCUCGGUCUGAACCCUCUAAUUACUACAGCAGUGAGAGCCACAAAGAUUAUCCAGCUCCCAAAAAGCAUAAAUUGAACCCUGAGUACUUCCAGGCAAGGCAGGAGAAGCUGCUUUCCACUGCACUGAGUCUGGAACAGCCAAAUAUCAGGAAGCAGAGCCCUAGUUCUAAGCAGUCUGUCCCUGAGACAAUCAGCCCCAGUGAAGGAGUGAGGGACUACAGCCGGGAACUCUCCCCUCCCACUCCAGAGACUGCAGGAUUCCAAGCCUCUGGAUCUCAGCCUGUAGUAAAGUGGAAUUCCAAAGAUCUUUACAUUGGUGUGUCUACAGUACAGGUGACUGGAAAUCCGAAGGGGACCAGUGUAGGAAAGGAUGCAACACCUUCACAGGUGCGUCCACGGGAACCAAUGAGUGUCCUGAUGAUGGCUAACAGAGAAAUGGUGAAUACAGAGAUGGGGUCGUACCGUGAUAGUGCAGAAAACGAAGAAUGCUCGCAACCCAUGGAUGACAUACAGGUGAACAUGAUGACCUUGGCAGAACACAUUAUUGAAGCUACUCCUGACCGAAUUAAACAGGAGAAUUUUGUACCCAUGGAGUCCUCAGUGUUGGAAAGAACAGAUACGGCUACUAUUAGCAGUACAAUGAGCUGGCUGGCCAGUUACCUAGCUGAUGUCGAUCAUCUGCCAAAUGCUGCCCACAUCAGAAGUUCAUAUAAUGAACCUCUAACCCCUUCUUCUAAUACCAGCUUGAGCCCUGUAGGCUCCCCAGUCAGUGAAAUAGCUUUCGAGAAACCUAGCCUUCCUUCAGCAGCAGACUGGUCUGAGUUCCUGAGUGCAUCUACCAGUGAGAAGGUAGAGAAUGAGUUUGCCCAGCUGACGCUGUCAGAUCAUGAGCAGAGAGAACUCUAUGAAGCUGCCAGGCUUGUCCAGACAGCUUUCCGGAAAUACAAGGGCCGACCCUUGAGGGAACAGCAAGAAGUAGCUGCUGCUGUCAUUCAGCGUUGUUACAGGAAAUAUAAGCAGCUGACAUGGAUAGCCUUGAAGUAUGCACUUUAUAAAAAGAUGACACAGGCUGCCAUCCUCAUCCAGAGCAAAUUCCGAAGUUACUAUGAACAAAAGAAGUUCCAGCAGAGCCGACGUGCUGCUGUGCUGAUCCAGAAGUAUUACCGGAGCUAUAAGAAGUGUGGCAAAAGACGGCAGGCUCGCCGGACAGCUGUAAUUGUACAACAGAAACUCAGGAGCAGUUUGCUAACCAAAAAGCAGGACCAAGCUGCUCGAAAAAUAAUGAGGUUUCUACGCCGCUGUCGCCACAGCCCCCUGGUGGACCAUAGGCUGUACAAAAGGGUGAGUUUAGCUGCCUGCUAG